CUCAGAUCCCACAAGGUUGUAAAUAAGGGUUUACAACUAUAAUUGUGAUUGUAUGUUAAUGUCUUAAAAGUUUCUAUACCAGCAUUGUGAUUGCAAUCACGGCCGCAUCAAUUGCAUAUACACACAAUUUCAGAAAUUCGCAGUUACUGAAAUUCAAAUUUAUAACAUGGAGAGGAGCAAUUCAACCAGUCAAGAAUUGAUUGUUCACUGUGAAGAACUGAAUGAGGAUGAUGAGUAUUAUGAUCUUGAUGAAGAUCAUGAUGAUGACAUAGAUGAAUCAUACUACUUCUAUGUGAUCAAUGCAAUACUAAGUGGCACUGCUAGGCUCAAUGUUCUCUUGCCCACUGUAAGCAUCCUCGCCUUCAGCAUCUUCGCGCCUCUUUUAACCGAUGAUGGCGAAUGCAACACGCUGAAUCGCUGGUUGAUGGCCAUCUUUCUUGCAAUUCUAGCAGUUUCUUGUGUCUUCUUUACCUUAACUGACAGCUUCAGAACAGCCACCGGGAGGUUGUGUUAUGGGGUCGCAACAUUGAGAGGGAUAUGGACUUUUAACGGGGGAAGGAAGAAACCGCGUGUGCCGUCGGAUUAUAGAAUGAGAUGGGGUGAUGUUUUCCAUGUUUCACUGUCUUUGGUUUCUUUUCUUGCUUUUGCAGGAUUGCACCAGGAUGUUGUGAAAUGUUACUAUCCUGGAUUGCCUAGAAAAGUGACCAAUACUCUUCCCCUUGUGGUUGGUUUUGUCGUGAGUGUGUUGUUUGUGGUGUUUCCUUCAAAGAGAAGAGGGAUUGGAUACCCUUUCUUGCUGCAGAGAGAUCCUUUUUACUCAAGACGUUGAAACAUACAUCAUACAGAAACCAAAACUGUGCAGAUUAUAAACGACUCAUAAAGUCAGUUGUUUACUAAGAGAUUGUGGUUUAUUAGCAGUGAUCAAAAUAAUGCUCAAAACCAUGUGAAUUGUAACUUGGGCCAGAAUUCAAGUUCAAGAUGAGAACUGAAUGCAUUAAGUUUUCAUAAUUUUUAUCUUGUUUCUACCUAAA